AUGUCGCUUUCCGAAGACCUGUCCAACUCUACCCUCUGUGGGAACUUCUCCAACUAUUCCACUCACGGCAACUUAAGGAUCCAUUGGUCAGCGUCCACCAUCUUGGCCAUGAUCGUCCACGCCCUCACCUUCCUGUUGGGCGUCCCCGGUAACUGCGCGGCCAUCUGGGUGAUGGGCUUCAAGAUGAAGUAUAGUGGCAGCUCUGUGUUAUUCCUGAACCUGGCUGUGGCGGACCUGACCUACUGCCUAACCCUCCCCUUCCGAAUGGCCAAAUUUGCACUGCCUGGUUCAUGGCUCAGAAGCUACAUCGCCUCGAUUUUGAUCCGCUCCGCCACGAUACUCACCGUGUCAGCCAGUGUCUUUCUACUGACGCUGAUCAGCAUCCACCGCUGCCUGGCUGUGACUCAUCCGAUCUGGUUCCAGCAACAAAGUAGCCUGGCUUGGGUGCUUGCGGCCUGCUUCGCAGUCUGGGGCCUAGCCUUACUUGCGAGCCUGCCCGAACUGCUGAUUGAGCAUAUAUCCCUGUAUUUUGGCCACAAGACCUUGGCUGUGUUGCAGGUACUUUGGACCGUCUUCAUCUUCGCCCUCCCCAUUAUGAUCAUGGCCGCCUGCUACCUCUUGAUUGUCCGGUAUGUUACCAUCAGUCUGUCUUCCUUCAAUAGUGCCCUCAACCCUCUUCUCUACGUCUUCGCCGGCCAGGACUUCCGCCAGGUUUUCAGGCGCUCCCUGGCCGCCUCGCUCCGACUUGCAUUCGUCGAGGAGGGGCCAGAGUUGGGGAGCGACCUUCCGGACCCCAACGUCACCUCGGAUACGAGCGUCUCAGCGAUCCCCUUGAGGAGCAUCAGCCGAACGAUAUUAUCUCACGGCGGUGAAAACUGA